CAGUAAACCAACGCUUCCUGGUCAUUUGCAGUUGGAGAAAUAAAGUCGUUUUUAAACCCGUGCAGCGGUGGGAAAGUCUAGCUUUGUUGUCUGGGGAUCAGAAUGUCACCCAGAAGCAGCCUGGUCCUGGUCCUGGUUGUCGUGUUCUCUCUUUUUAUAACUGCACACUGUAAGUUUCCUACUUUAGACCACCUCAAACCGAAAGCCAGCGAGAAGGCUCAGGGGAGAGCGGUGGUCGAGCUGCUGAAACGCCUGCUUGGGAACAGAUCUUCUGAGUUCAUAGUGUCAGUCAACAGAAACCUUUCAAACGACAGCCUGGAUGUGUGUGAGCUCAGGUCCACUAAGAACAAUAAGAUAGUCGCCACAGGCAGCACCGGAGUGGCCGUGGCUUCUGGUAUUUACAACUACUUGAAAUAUUUCUGCAACUGCCAUGUUUCCUGGUCCGGUGAUCAGCUGGAUCUGCCCCGUCCUCUGCCGAGGCUCACCGGCGUCCUGCGCAUCAGCACCCAGCACAGAUUUCGGUAUUACCAGAACGUCUGCACUUUUAGUUAUUCCUCUGUGUGGUGGGACUGGCCAAGAUGGGAGAGAGAGAUCGACUGGAUGGCACUCAAUGGAAUCAAUCUUCCACUGGCUUUCACUGGCCAAGAAGCCCUGUGGCAAGAGGUUUAUCGUUCUCUUGGGUUAAACCAGUCGGAGAUUGAAGAGUUCUUCUCUGGCCCGGCAUUUCUCGCCUGGAACCGUAUGGGAAACAUGUUCAAGUUUGGUGGGCCUCUGCCGCAGUCCUGGCACAUAAAACCAGCUCUACCUCCAAGUAAUGAAACCUCCAUGCUCUAUUUUAAAAUCUUGGAGCGAAUGAGAUCGUUUGGCAUGAUUCCUGUGCUGCCGGCCUUCUCUGGGAACAUUCCCAAGGGAAUCCUCAG